AUGAAAGUCCAUGAACUGACGAUGAGAAGAUCGAACAAGCGUUGUAGUCUACAUGUUUGCUUACGUCACGCGAUGCGCCUAGCCAGGUGGACUGGGUUCUUUCCUCUUCAGGGCCUUGGACAAGCCUACGCUGAUGGGACCAGGUACAAAAUUGUGUCUUUAUACUUCAUUUACAAUUUCACCACCUUGUUGGGCCAAUUGGUGAUGUCUUGCUUCUCUAUUCUACUCUUCUUUCAAACCGAAGUCACACUGAAUUCUAUAUCAAACGUCAUAUUUUACGUAACGUCGCUAAUUUCGGCGGUGCUAUUUCUGAAGUUAGCGAAACAAUGGCCGAGGUUGAUGGCGAGGGCAACUGAAACCGAACAAGGGUUAACUGAACUGAAGUUGCAAAACAAAGUCAUUGUUAAAUGCUGCGUGAUUGCUUAUGUUGCUAUGGCACUGGCUUUGGUGGAACACAUCCUCUGCACGAGUUUCAACUUAACAUUUGUCAUGCAUUGCCUCAAAGAAGCCGGGAUUACUACCAAUGUGAUGGAGAACUACGUUGUGCACAGGAUGCCCUAUGUGUUCAAAUACGUACCUUACAGCCUUUUCUGGGCUUUCUUAUUUGAGUACUUGUGUCUUCAGUCAACCUUCGUUUGGAGUUUCAAUGAUGUUCUCAUCACCUGUUUUAGUAUUUACAUUACAGCUUACUUUCGGAGUUUGAAUCAAGUUGUUACUGCUAAUUCUAAAAAAGACAAGGAUAAUAUGAUUCCUUGGUCCACUCUCAGGGUCCACUACUCCAAGUUAGUGAGACUGGUAAAAGAAAUUGACAAUCACAUCAGUUCCUUUAUUCUACUGGCGUUCUUCACCGAUCUCUUCUACAUCUGCUUGCAGCUUUUCAACUCUUUGCAUCGAAAUUAUGCCAGCUUCAAAUUUUGCAAUGAACUACAGACCAAACAAGCUCUGACAUCACCAUCCUACCUUCUUUACUACUUAUACUCGUUUCUAUUCCUGGUACUCCGAGCCACGAUGCUGUCUCUCUUCGCUUCUAACGUGCACUGUGCUGCUUUGGAACCUGUGCAUGCGGUGUAUGAUGUACCUUCUACACUUUAUGAUAAUGAGGUUCGUCGAUUUCAGUUACAACUACAUCAUACUAAAGUAGGAUUGACCGGAAAGUUCUUUUAUGUCACUCGAAAUAUGGUUUUGAAAGUAAUCGGCACAAUAAUAACUUACGAAAUAGUGUUGCUGCAGUACACCAUAACACCAAACCCUUAUUAUAAUGGAACAAAGGUUAUAUUGAAUAUUUCUUCGCACAGUUACAGUUAA